CAGCGCAGCCUUAUCGCGCAUGCGCCGCGAGUGCCAGUGUAAAAAAAAAUGGCCGCCAAAUUUUACGUACUCUUUCUACUAGUUGCGACAGGGAUAGCAGCAGGCGCUCGCUCCCGUCCCAGGAUACAGCAGCAGCCCUUAGAAGAUGCUUACGAAUAUGAACCCCAAGCACAGGAGAGGGCUUCCGGCAACCAGGUGGUGCUAGUACCAGCUGACGCCUACGACGCCCUCUACCGGGCGACGGACAGACAAGACGAGGAGUACGAGCCCAGACCCAGGACUCAGUCCAGAUUGAAGCAGCCAGCUCCCCACGAGAGCAAUAAGCAGCCUCCCGUGCAGACCAUAAGGAAUUAUAAUAAGGUAAACGACGACGGCAGUUUCACAUUCGGCUACGAAGCUGCCGACGGUUCCUUUAAAGAGGAGACCAGGGGCACAGACUGCGUGGUCCGCGGCAAAUACGGCUACAUCGACCCCGACGGCAACAAGCGAGAGUUCACCUACGUCUCUGGCAACCCUUGCGACCCCAACAAACCAAACGAAGAAGAAGAGAACGAACCAGCAGCACCAGAUUCCAGUGAACGUGACGAUGGAGUACCCAACUAUCCGACCAGACCAGCGCUGAGGCCGACUACCGCUAGACCCACAACGACUUACUUCCAGAACGAUUUCAGAGACGCUGAUGAGGACGAAGCCGAAGAGGAACCCCUGCAGCAUAUCAGACAAAGAGUUGUUCAACGCCCAGCCAUAAGAAGACCCACUUAUCAAGCUCAACCCAUCGCUAUCACUCCACGUCCACUACCCGCCACCACGGCGAGGGCGUUACCUCCAGCGACAACUUUCAGACCGCAGUUAGUCCAAGUGACUCCGAAACCUCAAGUGCAAUAUACCCCAGAACCAAACUACUCACCUUCUCCAGCCCCGGCAGUUAUCACAACAAGUAGGCCAAGUCCAGGACAGAUUGACUUCGCAGCUGAAUUCGCCAAGUUCCACCGCGAAAACCAGCAGCUGCAAACCACUACAUCAUCCAUCAGCAAUCCUACCAAAUCCACUCUCACUGCUUCUCCAGCACCGAGCGGCAAUCCUCUAUACUCCACUGAACUCGUAUACGACCCUUCAAGCGGGUCAUACAACACGCAAUUAUUCCAAUCGCUUCCUCAGACUAAAGGAGAAUUGAACUUGAAUCAGCGACUGCAACCCUACGUGGCUCAGCAGCAAGCGUCUCCUCGGCCCUUCGUACCAUCGCCGCAGAUAUCUCUAGACCCUUCUCCGGCCCCUAACGUGCCUCUCUUCAGACACCAAAUCCAGCACGCGAAUCCACAAGAAGUGUACCAGAGGCAGCAGGCCGAGGCGCAGUUCCAGAGCUCCCAACAGUUGUUUGCUCAACAGCAACAGUUGCAACAGAGUCAGCUACAAAGAGACCGUGCUGCGGCCAGGGCUCAGGCUCAAAGACUUGCUCUUGCAGCGCAGUCAGCCCCACAAAGGGUGCAGGCCCAGCAACCUCAGUACUACUACGUCGCGCCCCGUGGUGAAUCACCUUCGUCGGGACAGAUAGACGCCUUCCUGAGAGGGCACGGAAUUCAGUUCUAGGAUUAGGAUUUAGCUAAUUUGACCGAUCGACACUUGGAGGCCAUAAUUUGUCGGUCUGAUAGAAUUAUUAAAAGUUUGCGGUUCGUACGUCGAUAUUUCGGUAAAUAAUUUGACUUUUAGCCAUCAUUUUUAAAGUUAUGAAUUUCUCUCAAUGUUUUCAUUUUUGAUAUACUUAGUCUUGUUCCGUCAGUCCAUUGAUGAAUGCUGAGAAUAAGUCAACCGACGACUUUUCACAAGUCGCGUAGACUGUAUAAUUUUGCAACGAAAUUUAUUACUUGCUACCGAAAAAUGACUAAAUCUGAGACGACUACUAAUCAAUUCGACAUCAAUAUCAAUUGUUACUUAAUUUAUUAAACAAAAUUUGUCGAUGCGUGAACCGUGUUAUAACAGUCGAGCGAAAGUGUCUAACUCUAGUUGGAGGGUCUGAAGCAAACGUGUACAUAAUCUGUGUCUAAUCAUACCUAAGUAUAGCUAGAUUAGUAUAAGUUAGGGCUCCCCCACACUGGGCGUCUUUCGAGCGACGCCGUGUAGCUUGCGCCUACGCAGCGUCGACGUCGCGAUAUGUA